CAUCCAAACUUUCUCAGUCGGAGCAAAACUUUCCUGAGUAGAGGAGGAUGAAGUGAGAGGCAGGACGCCAGCAGCUGUAUGAGUGAGUAACAGCAACAGGCAGAGAGAGGCUUCUAGAGUAUGAAGAGAGAGAGGAUGAUAUCUUAAUUGUAGGUUUCCAUAAUUGCCUCCUGACCAAAUUCUAGGUUUUUUUCUUCUAGGUAUUUGCUUUACAAACAGUUUUCUUCACUAGUUUGGUUGUGGUUGUUUGUUUUGUAAGAGGAAAUUGUAGAUGAUUUUGAAGAAAAACUGGAUUUGAUCAUCAUUUUAUCUGAUGUUUGUAACAAACAGACUUGACAUUUUUCAUUUUGAUUUCAAAAGAAACAGUUUAAAAGUUAUUCUUAAUCUUUAAAGUUUAAAAAUUGUCUUUUUCUUUAUAGUACUGAGCAGUGACUUUUAGAAAUGUCAGUUUAGCCAGUAGACAGGAGAUUAUUUUUACUUCACAUCAUUAUGCUGCUGGCUCUGCUUCUGGUUCUGAGUCUCUCCUCUGAGGCUUGCUCCUCCGAGCCGUCAUCAAUAACUAUCCAGUACCGGGUUUGGGAGGAGCAGCUGCCAGGAACCGUGGUUGGCCGGCUGGUGGACGACCUCCGACAGAGGGAUGAAGGUGGUUCUCUGGAGGAUUUCCAGGUGGUGGAACAUGGAAAAGCCCUUCCCUUCUCUGUCAACACUCGAGACGGGAUCGUCUCCACCCAAGGCCGGCUGGACAGGGAGGAGCUGUGCCGGGGGUCAGACCUUUGUGAGGUGGUCUUCAGCGUCCUCUACAGGAAAAGCGGUGCUGUGAACUGCCUGAGGGUUCGUGUGGAAGUGAUGGACCUGAACGACCACAGUCCCAGCUUCCCCAGUCCUCUACAUGAAGUGGAGAUCUCAGAGACAGCCAGCCUCAGAAUGCGAAUCCCCCUGGACAGGGCAGUGGAUCCUGAUGCGGGGCCCAACAGCCUCCAGACCUACUCGCUAUCUGUCAACCAACACUUCGCUCUGGAUGUGACGGUCGGUCCAGAUGGGACAAAACAGGCAGAGCUGGUGGUUAUUAAAGAACUGGAUAGGGAGGUUCAGUCGUCCUUCAACCUCACCCUGGUGGCAUGGGAUAAAGGGAACCCCCCCAGAUCUGGGAGCACAUUAGUCCGUGUUAAUAUUCAGGACUCAAAUGAUAACAGCCCGACAUUUGAGGACAGCAGUCCCACUGUGGAGCUACCUGAGGAUACAGCCCGUGGGACAACCAUCAUCAACCUCAAGGCCACUGACCCAGACCAGGGUGCCAAUGGAGAGGUGGAGUAUUCGCUCAGUAGGCACACACGUCCAGAGGUUCAGAGGCUCUUCUACGUGGAUCCACAAAGUGGAGCUGUUAGUCUCAGAGCACCCCUGGACUAUGAGGCCCAGCCCUCUUAUGAGGUGAUCAUACAGGCCCGUGAUCGCGGGCCCAAUGCUAUCCCCUCACACUGCAAACUACACGUCAAGCUUAGAGAUGUUAACGAUAAUGCACCAAGGAUACACAUGACGUGGACUCCACCCAACUCACCUGUAGCGACUGUGCUAGAAGGAGCACAAGAGGACACUUUUCUUGCUCUGGUAAUGGUCUCUGAUGCAGAUUCAGGACAAAAUGGUAAAGUGAGAGCACACAUUCAGCAAGGAUCUGGCCCUUUUCGCCUUAAACGGGUCCAAGGCAACAACUACAUGAUUGUAACCAACGGCAGCCUGGAUCGAGAGAAGGUUAUGCAGUAUAACAUUACGCUCCUUGCCCAGGACUAUGGAGAUCCUCCUCUGUCUUGUGUUAAACACCUGCCUGUCCAUGUUCUGGAUGAGAACGACAAUGCACCAGUGUUCUCCACCUCCAUCUAUAAGGCUUCCUUCAAGGAGAACAAUGUCGUAGGCUACCAUGCUCUCAAAGUUGAAGCCCAUGAUGUUGACCUGGAGCUCAGUGGAAGAGUGUCGUACUUCAUACAUAGCGCCAAUGAUGUGGAAAGUAAAGAACAAUCUUUCUCCAUUCACCCAACUACUGGUAUCAUAAGCAUCCAGCGCCCCCUGGACUAUGAGGAAUCCCACACCUACUCUUUCAUUGUGGAAGCUGUCGACUAUGGUCAUCCACCUCUCACCAGCACCGCAACUGUGCAGAUUGACAUUGAGGAUGUGAAUGACAACUACCCAGUCAUCAAGGAGCCAAAACCCAGAAAGGGCGUGGCCUUUUUAAGUGUACCUGUCAAUGCAGACAAAGGGGAGAUAGUGACAGAGCUGGGGAAUGACAUGGAGGAGGUGUCGACCGCUUUUCCAAUUAAUUACCCAGUCAAAGAAGGACUUGGAUUCCUUGCUUCAACCAUAAAGGCUGAAGACCCAGACUCAGGGCUCAAUGGAGAACUCCAGUACCUAAUUACUGAUGGAAACCCCUAUGGACUCUUUUGGUUGGAUCAGGCUACAGGCCAGCUGUUUGUUAACACCACCAAUGCUACUGAGCUCAUUGGGAAAACCUUUAAGGUGGAUAUAGCUGUAUCUGACAUGGGCAGUCCCAGCCUGACCACCAAGGCGACUCUGGAGGUGACUUUCAACAACCUCAAGGACCAUCUCAAAAACUCAUCACCUGGUAACCGUGGACAACUGAGCUUCACCAUGAUGAUGGCAAUCUGUCUGGGUGCUACAUGCCUAUUGCUCCUGUUGGCGAUCGCUUUGGUGACGACGUUCUGCCGCCCUGAGAAACGGGACAACCGGGCUUACAACUGCAGACAGGCUGAAUCAACCUACACCCGCCAUCCUCGACGCCCACAGAAGAACAUCAGAAAGUCCGACAUUCAGCUAAUUCCCGUCAUCCGAGGGCGAAAGGACGAGCUGCCUGAGGACGACAGUGAAGCCCAGCCACUGGCUCCGCCUCCAGUGAUGUCAGAGGAUGAACAAAUGGAGAGACAGUAUACCUUAGUGCCAUCAGUCAUGAACUCAAGCUUCCAUUCCCAAGGCUACCCAGAAGGGGAUCCCAUUCAACCUCUCACCCAUAUCUGCAGAACCCUUCUGAAACCUGGAAACAUUGAACUUGAUGGUGCUUUGCCUCUGACGCCCGCCACAUCUUACCGGACUCUUCGGAAAGCCAGGAACCCUUCAUCAUCCUCUUCAGCCUCACAUUCAAGCACCUUAAAGCGCAAGGUUCACCCUGCAGGGGAGGAGGCAGAGACAGCAAGUGCAGGGUCCCAGGCGACUCUCAGGAGGCCGAAGACCUCGGAAGGACGAGGGGGGCACGACGCAGAACAUCGGCAGAUGCUUCGAAACCUGGUUCGACUGUCCAUGGCUGCAUUUGGAGACUCCAUCGAGCUUUCCUCAGCUUCUCCAGAGGUGCAGCAGAUCUCCCAGCUCCUCUCCCUCCUCCGGCAGGGUCAGCUGCAGCCCAGGCCGAACUUCAGGGGCAACAAAUAUUCACAUCGCAACGGCAGGUAUGGAGGUCAGGACUGUUCUGAUUGGCAGAGCACCAAAGACAGUGGACACGGUGAGAGUGAGGCUGGAGAUGUGGACUGGGAACCAGGAAGAGAUUCACCCAUAGACCCACAACUGGAGGAGGGGCUCAACAACCUGCUCAACAACCCUGAUGACGUCUUCUCAGAGGUCAACGACCCUGCCUGGAUGGCCAGACUCUCUCUCCCGCUCACCGGCGAUUACCACGACAACGUCUUUGUCCCCAACGGGCCUCCGUCCCCUGAAAGCGAGCUUCUACCCCGGGACGGCCUGGACUCCUCGUCCUUCUCCACCUUCGGUAAAACUCCAGAGAAGGACGGCCCUCUGGGCGGGGCCCUCCUGUCUGAGGUCAGCACGCUGUUUGAGAUGCUGAUGACGCAGAAGGCCGACGCCCACCCCGGCCCUAGACCGGACGUCCUGUACCGUCUCUCCGCAGCGUACCGGCGCUCGCUGGGUUUGGAUGGCUCCGGUGUGUCCGCGACACCGAGAGGCGGCUCCGGGAACACGGAGAAGAUGUCGGGUCUGACGGCAUCAUCAGGACUUUAUCAAUAAAUACAAUCUGAACACUGGAAAAGACUGAGAGCUGAGUGACGCAGCUCAGAACAGGAAGAAACUGUCUCACAAGUUUUCAUGACUGAGUGAGGUAUGAGGGGAUUUUAGAGGCAUUAACCGAUCAAAUACUGACACGAUUUAAACUGUAAAUAAAAGCACAGUCAGUCUGUUUCUGUACAAACAGGGUGUGUCACCUUCAACACACCUGUAGUAGUCUGAAGGUGAGCUCAGAGCGAGUACCCACUCUGAACCUGGAGCUCAGAGACGGGUUGGUUUUCAGAGCAGAGGCAGGUCAGCAGAUGGUUUAUAAACUGAGUGACUGAAGAGGGGACGAGGAGCAGGUGCACAGGUGGGUGUGGGGCAUCAGGUGACGGGAGGAUGACAGGUAGAAGACAUGGACAGAAUGUGCAGAAUGAUGGGACUUAAAGUGAAUUUAAUCGUCACUGAUGAAGAGAGAAACUGAUCAUAAAGCUGCAGAGUACGUCCUGCUAUUUCUGUCUCAAUCAUUUCCCCAGUUUUCACCUGUAACAUACUUUGUUUGUCACAGGCUUUAAUUUUCACUUUGAAUACUCCUUUCAAGUCGUGCUGGAGUCUCCUCCGUCCUGCAAUAUCCUCAGAGUUUCUGAAACAGACAAACAACAUUUUGACGAGUUUCUAAAGAUACAAACGAUGUUUUAGUUUUGAUCUAUGAACUCAGAUGUGUUGAAAGUGACAGAUCCUGUUAAAAUGGUGCUAUAGCUUCAGGUCAGGUUUAACUAACAGUAAACAAAAGGAAUCAUUCACAGGAGCAGAGAAAAGACAGAGAGAAAGUGGGAUAAAUAUGGUAGACAGAUUUAGUUUCAGGAUAUUUACUGUGAAAAACAAACAGGACCGACAAAAAACAGACAAUGAUCUGGAAGAAAAACAGGAAGUGAAGGGAAGAACGAAGCAGGAAGUUCACUAACAAAGAGAAAUCAAGUUGAUGGUGAAUCUGAAAAUGUUUCCUAAUAACUCGGCCACAUUAAGCAGGAACAGGGUCGAUCCUUCUUCAGACGGAUUCAUUCUGUCAGAAACUGUCUGUCCAGAUUUUUUUGGCCAACGACCAGGAGGAAAUGUCGCUUUGUCUUUGUUUGUGUCGAGACUAAACACCAACACUGAGCUGAAUGAAGCAGCUCGGUCUGAACCUCAGUCCAAAGUCCUCAAAGCAGAAACACUUUCAGGGUCACUGUGGGUUUCUUCAAAUAUUUACUGUUGUCAGUUUGUCUCUUAAAUUAUUGGUUUAACUUCCAAAGUUCUUAUUUGUAGCUUUUUUAAACUGUAAACCAGAGGAGGAGGAACAGCACUUUGUACAUAGUCUUCUGUAAAACUUUUUUUAAAGGUUUUGUAUCAAGAAAACGUUUGUUUGUGUUAUUGGAAGAUGGAUUCGUAACUUUUUCAAUAAAAUGUGUUUAAUCAAAGAAAUUCUAAAAAGGUCAAAAGAGUCAUGAAAUAUAACCUGAGAGUUUAAGUUUGAGGAUCUGUCUCUUCACAGUGAGCUGCUGAUUGGAGGCUGAAUGAUGUUUGGUUAAAGUCCUGGAAAACCUCCAGGUUAUAAACUCCAGGACGAUCCAGGUCCUCAGAGGAAGCUCAGUGUGUGUGGAUGUUGACUCAGGUGGUUCCUGUGUGAACAGCGCCCUCUGCUGUUUAAAACACACAGUUACACAGUGUGAGAUACAGAAACCUGCAUCAGUCCAAAUUAUCAACAGCUCCACCUUGUGGCGGCUUCAGGUAACAAAGAGUUUGAUCCUGUGGUGUUGAUGAUUCCAUGACUGUAGAAAUCCUUUUUAUACUUGUUUAAAGAAAAAAAAGGAUAACCAUCUUUCACAGUCACAUAAAGACGUCAGAAUUAAACAAUCAUCAGGUUAUUUUAUUGUUUUGAGUCAUUUCAUGGAGAAUUAACUGUUAAAUCAUCUUCAUCUUUGAACACUACAAAAGAAAAUAGGAAACACUUUCCACAUUCACCUCAAACUUCUGCAGUAAAUACUCACACUCUGUGAAUACAUGUGAGUCCUAACAGCCUAUAAACUGUAUCAACUGUUUUUGUCGACAUGUAGGUUUGUUGCUGGAACACUGAAGUGUCAGUAAACCUAAAUUAAUAUAAUUAUUGUUGCUGUCACUGUUUUAUAGGUCAAAACACAGCCCAGCAGUUUCUGAAGCAGUAACUACAUUUAAUCUGUUGAGUUCCCUUGUUUUUCGACUUUUAAACUAACGUAUCUCAGUCAGAAACAAAUGAAGCUCUACAGUCACUGACAGGGAGGAGAUACAUGUGUUCAAACCAGGUUUAUUUCACAGCAGAGUAAAUCAACCAAAGGAAAAGCAGAGUCAAAGAGUUGGAGGCUUUUAAAGCCUUUGUCAGUCAGUCAGGUCCAGGUGAGUCAGAUUCUCUCUAACGAUCGUUCAAAGACUCACCACUGAUACUCUGAUUAUUCUUUAAUAUUCACCUCUAUACAUCAUAUUUCCCUGGUAAAAAGUGCUUGUCUUGUUUUUUUAGUUUAGUUAGUUACAUUUUCCAUCCAGUAUUUUUCUAUUUUUAGGUUUUCAUUAUUUCCUAUGGACCUUGAGAUUCUUAGUAAACUCAGUCUGUCAGUGUGAGUAGAGGGUUGUCAGAGAUAUUUAGAUUCUUUUCAAGCCUGUUGUAUUGUUUGUUGUUGAAAAUAUUCUUCAUGUAUCUUUAAUAAGAAGCAAUCCCAUUGUUUUGUACUUCAGUAGCUCUUUGAAAUACAGAUUUAUCUUUG